GUAACGUCUACAGAAGGGGCUGUCUUUAAAUACCGGCAGACACCUCCUCCGCAGCACCACUUCUGCGGAAAAGCUGCACUCACGAGGAGCAGACACAUUCCAGCUCGUGUUUCCACGUUUUUAACUGAAGCCUAAAGAUGUCCACCAAGGAGAAGCUGAUCGGCCAUGUGAUGAAGGAGGAGCCUGUUGGCAGCAGGAACAAGGUGACGGUGGUGGGUGUCGGCAUGGUGGGCAUGGCCUCUGCCAUCAGCAUACUGCUCAAGGACUUGUGUGAUGAGCUGGCCCUGGUUGAUGUGAUGGAGGACAAGUUGAAGGGUGAGGUUAUGGACCUGCAGCACGGUUCCCUCUUCCUCAAGACACACAAGAUUGUGGCCGACAAAGACUACAGUGUGACAGCCAACUCCAAAGUGGUGGUGGUGACCGCUGGUGCCCGCCAGCAGGAGGGCGAGAGCCGUCUUAACCUGGUGCAGCGCAACGUCAACAUCUUCAAGUUCAUCAUCCCAAACAUCGUCAAGUACAGCCCCAACUGCAUCCUGAUGGUGGUUUCAAACCCAGUGGACAUCCUGACCUACGUGGCCUGGAAGCUGAGUGGUUUCCCUCGUCACCGCGUCAUUGGCUCUGGCACCAACUUGGACUCUGCUCGUUUCCGCCACCUCAUGGGAGAGAAGCUCCACCUCCACCCUUCCAGCUGCCACGGCUGGAUCAUUGGAGAGCACGGAGACUCCAGUGUGCCUGUGUGGAGCGGUGUGAAUGUUGCUGGAGUUUCUCUGCAGGGCCUCAACCCACAGAUGGGGGCUGAGGGUGAUAGUGAGAACUGGAAGGCGGUUCACAAGAUGGUGGUUGAUGGGGCCUAUGAGGUUAUCAAGCUGAAGGGCUACACUUCCUGGGCCAUUGGGAUGUCUGUGGCUGACCUGGUGGAAAGCAUCAUUAAGAAUCUGCACAAAGUGCACCCUGUGUCCACACUCGUCCAGGGCAUGCAUGGAGUGAAGGACGAGGUCUUCCUGAGCAUCCCUUGUGUCCUGGGCAACAGCGGCCUGACAGAUGUGAUUCACAUGACACUGAAGCCCGAAGAGGAGAAGCAGCUGGUGAAGAGCGCUGAGACCCUAUGGGGUGUACAGAAGGAGCUCACUCUGUGAAGAGCACUCCUUUUGAAUUCACCAAUCCACUCUCAAAACCACGUACAACACUGUGUGGUUGACUCCCUCCUACCGUACCUCCUGUGUCCCUCAUGGCAACGGCCGAAUGAAACCUCUGAAUAUCUAAAAAGGCCAAGUGUUUGUAGCUAAACCAGUGGAAGCUAGAUGUUAUUUUCAGAUAUUCACACAUAGGUGUAAUUUUCCUUUGAUGCCUCCCACCCAUCCUCCUCCCUCCAUAACUGAAUUCUCGCAAACACAACUCAUACCUACAGCCUUUGAGCUUAGCCUGUGUUGGAGAGAGGGGGUAUCUAUUUGUUGUCUUGCCUACACAAGAAAAGUAAGACCUUAUAUUGAGCGUAUAAAUUCUAUGUACUGUAUGUUACUGUGUGCGGUUGCUGCUUCUGUACACUCCUUGUUCGUAGUUCGUAUUCUGUGAUUGUUGCAAGUUGUUUUUUUCCACUUGGUAAUCUCUGUUUAUUUUUUAUUUGGAGUAUAAUGGAGACAUUCCAUUCUCUAUGAGGAGGGCUUCCUAUCCACCUACAGUCAUAACAACACUGCUGCAUAUAUCACUGGGCCAAAAUCCAUUGAUACCAAAGUACCUUAUCAUUUGAGAAAAGCAAUGCUACAUCUACUGGUUGGCAUUGAAGCCUUUGUAAACAAACCGAACCACAAGUGCACUGACAGAAAAACUAUUUAGAAGGCAAGGUUUAAAAAAAAAAACUGGCAAGAAGCAACAGUUUACAUCUGAGAGAAUUAAAGGGGUUGCCACCGAGGUGACUUGCCAUAAUUUAACUCAGCAAAUAGAUAACAGAGAGCCAGUGGGAAAGAGUCAGCUACAAUCAUGACCAAGGGUCAGGUUAUGAAUCAAAACAAGGUAACAAUCCUGAAAGUGUUGUUUGUUUGCGCACUCGAAAUACCCUCAAAAGGUUUUGUAUUUAUUUCACUCCACCUGGCUGGGGAAAAAAGGACAUCAAGAGAAAUAUUAUGGUGUUAUUUAUAACUGUUAAUACUGUUAAAAUCUGUUUAGGUAUUAAUGUUAUAUUAGAUAUGGUCUAUUAAUCACCUGACUCACUGAGGAACUGUACCUGUCAUGGCAGCUGGAUACUGAUUUUUAUUUGCCGUAAUUUCAAAUAAACCUGCCAGGAUAAUGAUA